UUGCAUUUCUCAUAAGUAGGUAGGUACGUAAUAAGUUGGUUUGGUAGUUUGGUUACAAACACGUCGUGUAGUGUUUAUUCUUUCGAGUAAUUUGCAAAGGUCGAAUAAACCUAUCAGUUGGGUAGGUAUUCAAAAUCAUUUUCAAUUUCCCAUUCAGUUGUUUCUUUCACGUUGAUCUUACAAGAGUGCAUCAUCGGUGCAGAUUUAAUAUCUACAGCGAUAUGAGUUGUACUAGGAAUAAAUACGAAUUCAUGAAGGAACAAAAGCCAAGUUACUACAAAGGAGAUUCCUCCCAACCUCUGAAAACGGUUACAAUUGGCCAAACGAUUGAACAAGCUGCCCGAGAACAUCCCAAUGAAACAGCUAUACUAAUCCACGAAGGACAAAAAUUAACCUACUCAGAGGUUCUGGAAAUGGUUGACACUUUGGCAGCAGCGUUGAUGAAUUUGGGCUUGAAACGAGGCGAACAUGUGGCCAUUUGGGGAUUCAAUACUAUCGAGUGGUAUUUAUCGUUUUUGGCUGCACACAGAGCUGGAAUUGUUGUGGUAAAUUUGAAUCCACUAAUUGAAGGUCCAGAAGUUUUGGCUUGUUUGAAUUCGGGCGACGUGAAAGCAGUGAUCAUGGAUGAAAAGCUCAACGACCGUAAUUUCUACGAUAUUCUAAAAAGUGUCAUACCAGAUAUCCUAGAACACGAUUACAAUACCCACAUCACUACCAAAUUUGCACCAUUACUCGAGACUGUAGUGAUGUGUAGCGAGACACCCUACAAAGGUGCAUUCAGAUGGAAAGAUUUAUUUGCCACAGCGACUGAAAAACAAAUACAAAAUGUCAAAAGCAUUCAAAACGAAAUCAGCCCUUUCGACAUUUGCAAUAUUCUCUUCACUUCGGGAACCACAAGUAAACCAAAAGGGGUUUUACUAACGCAUUACAAUUUGGUAAAUGAUUCCAUAUGUGUUGGGAAUCGCUUAGAGCUAUUCAAAAAGAAAGGACGAGUCUUAUGUCAAAUUCCAUUUUUUCACGUAUAUGGUAUGGUGGUUGGAAUUUUCGCACCCAUUGUAACAGGCUCUACAAUCGUCAUAGCAGGCGUUAAAUUUAGUCCAAAUAAAUCAAUAGACUCGAUCGUCGCAGACAAAUGCACUGUGGUUUGUGGCACUCCAACAAUGUUCAUUGAUAUCAUUAGGAUAAUGAAAAAUAAAGCUCAAGAUGAUCCUCAAAUAUACGAAAAACUGUCCUCAGUUCAGCGAAUUAUUAACGGAGGAGCAUCAAUUUUGCCAGACACAAUCGUGCAAUUGAAAGCGUUAUUUACAAAUGCUAAAUUCUCGAGUGGUUAUGGUAUGACAGAAACUUCUUCAGGUACAUUCAUGUCAUUACCAGAUGAUCCAGAAGAAGUUCUUCAUUCGACUGUUGGAUAUGUUUUUGAUCAUAUGGAAGCCAAAGUUAUUGACGAAAACAAUGAAUUAGUACCAUUUGGCACACCGGGAGAAAUGUGCUUCAGAGGAUACAUGGUGAUGAAGGGAUACUACAAAGAACCAGAAAAAACUAGAGCAGUAUUAUCAGAAGAUGGAUGGUUUCGUAGCGGAGACAGAUUUGUAUUGCUAGAAAAUGGAUAUGCUCAGAUAGUUGGCCGUAUUAAGGAUAUAAUUAACAGAGGGGGAGAAAAUAUCGAACCUAAAGAAAUAGAAGGUGUAAUUAUCAAACAUCCAGAAGUCAUUGAUGUACAAGUAUAUGGAGUAAGUGAUGCACGACUGGGUGAAAAAGUAGCAGCAGCUUUAAUCAAAACAGAAGAUUCGAAAUUGAGUGAACAAGAUGUGAAAAAAUAUUGCCAAGGGACGAUCGCAUCGUAUAAAAUUCCAGAAUACGUGAUUUUCUGCGAAAAUUACCCGAAAACUGCUUCUGGAAAAAUACAAAAAUUCAAACUGAAAGAAAGUACUGAAAAAGAACUCGAGGAAAAAAUGAAACAAUGUUGUAUAUAAGUUUCCAUUUGUUUAAUAUACCUAUAAGCUGACAUCUGUGAAAAUUACUUUAUCUGUUAAUUACUCAAAUAAACACCGAGCAGAAAUGUGAA